AUGAACAGCUACAAAGAGGCUAAAGAAUCCGUGGCAAGAACCUAUGGAUCAAUGUCACCCGAUAACAUUUUACUAAGAGAGGAUGCACAAAAGUUCAUAGAUUUGUGCUUAGCAAAGCAGCGUGUGGUUGAUGUAAAUGAGGCUAAAGAAUCCGUGGCAAGAACCUAUGGAUCAAUGUCACCCGAUAACAUUUUACUAAGAGAGGAUGCACAAAAGUUCAUAGAUUUGUGCUUAGCAAAGCAGCGUGUGGUUGAUGUAAAUUGGAUAUGUUCACAAGUCCAGCAAUUUGCUUACAAACGGAGAGAAUUCAACAGAUGUGAAAAAAAUAAAUUAAAUUCAUGGGCACAAAAGUAUCAUCCAAGAGGGAGAAAAGCACCUCCAAGAGAAGUAAAAUAUUCAUAUGAAAAACCAGCAACUUUAAACUUGCAAUAUUUAGCCCACCCAGAAAUGUACAGGCUUGUUCUCACACACAUUACUGUGUUGGGGAAUGUCUUGAUAUUUUUUACAAAGCAGUUUUCGACACACUCCCAAGAGUACUUAUGGACUGUGGAUCUUGAAUCCAGGGACGCCUUUCUUGCCUACAAGGUUGGAUUUAAUACUGUCAAAAAAACUAGCCUUCCAGUACGCAAUCAAGUUUGUCACACCAUUCCGGGAGCAAACCUCUUUCUCAACAAAGUAUCAGAUACACAGUUCAAAGUGACAAAUAUGAGGAAAAUGAAUGAAACCAACAUGGAAAUUGUCAACUGUUACCCUACCAAUACCUCAUCCUGUGCUGAUAUAUCACAAAUGUUUUUGUUCGGUAGCCAGCUAUUUGGCAUCUCCUUUAACAGCAGGAUCUGGAGCUGGAGCAAGGAGAAGUCCCAGGGAGAGUUAGAGGGUGAUGAAUUUGCAGGAACACGUGACCUUGAACUCAUAGGCAAUGUCCUGGUGGUGAGCACGGAUCGUGGGAUCAAAUUUAGUCCAAUACCAGCUGACCAUGACCAGGUGCUAUAUUCACUUCCUGUAGUUCUAUCUGCAGAGUUCAAAGGGACUUCACUCACUCUGAACAAGGAAGGAACAAUGAUCUGCAAAAGUAGAGAGAGGAUAAAAGUCACUGGCACCCAGGAAGAAAUGAGGAAUGGAAAGAAAGUGUACAGGGCAGCAAUUUCUCUGGAUAACAUAGCAGUUGUGAUGCUGGUACCCUCAGACCUGAAUGGACCAAAAUUGAUGACUCCCAUUGAGAUCCUCAUGGCUGUAACUCUGCCUGGUUAUGGUACCGAGACAUGCUUCAUUAGUCAGCAAGUUGGGGUGCUGUUUGGAUGGAGUCAUUCCAAGGAGACGGCAGAAGACUACAGGGAACAUGUGUUCCAGGUGGACUAUGAUGCUAGGCUAAGGGGCGUGCUACCCUUCCUCGGCUAUGGGCCACGCUCAUUUUUACCAGUGUACUUCCGAGGUGACUCAGACAUACAGGCUAAACAUCCAGGCCACGGACAGGCAGGGUGGUACGUGUUCAUGAGGGACGGACACGAGGGUAUCAUAGGGAUCAAACUGUUCUGUUAA